GUCUUUCACUGAAACAAAGGGUGUGAUCAUGGCAGAGGAAUCAGCAGAAAAAAUCUGUGAAGGUGUCUCUGAGUCUCCAACUACUACCCCAGUUGGAGGACAGACACCCCUAGAGGGUGACUCCAAGACACGAAGAAUCAAAGCCACGAGACACCCUCGAUGGACCAGACAAGAAACUCUUGUUCUGAUAGAGUCUAAGAAAAUGGUGGAAAGUGGGGAACAAGGUUGUCGGUUUAGAUCAGCUUCGGGGUUCAUCCAAAGCGAUCCCAAAUGGGAGAUGGUGUCAUCGUUUUGUCAGCAACGUGGGGUGAAGAGAGGGGCGGUUCAGUGCAGGAAAAGGUGGGGCAAUCUCCUCACUGAUUUCAGGAAGAUAAAAAAGUGGGAAUCGGGGGUGAAGGAGGAGAGUGAGUCGUUUUGGAUCAUGAGAAAUGAUGUGAGGAAGGAGAAGAAGCUUCCGGGUUUCUUUGACUCGGUGGUGUACAAUGUGUUGGAUGGAGGGGUGUGCACCACUGUUGCAUUUCCCUUGACACUGGUGAAGAUGGUGCCCAAAGUGGAGAAUGGUUUUGCUGAGGUGGUGGGUCCAGAACAAUGCAAGGAGAAUGAGGAGGAAGAAGAGGAGGAGGAGGAUGAGGCCAUCGUCGAUAGUGAGAAAAUGAGUUGGAGCACCGAAGAAGAGAAUGUGGAGACCAGCGUAGCUGCAAAUAUGGCCAAUGGUGUUUUGAAAGUGCCACCAGGUUUCAAGGAGAAAGAGAUCACUGGGAGUCUCAGAAACACCCCCUUACUCUCACUGCCUACUCCAGCAGAGAAGCAGCAGCAGCAGCCGCCAUCUUGCCAAGGGAACUAUGAUCCUUGUAAUCAAACCAAUUUACUUCUGCUGUGUAGUAUAUGUUUGUCACUUUUGUUCAGUUCGACUGUGAUGCAAUGCUUUCAGAGGGAACCUGUAUUUCAGCAUGGAUACAAGAGAAAGCGGGUAUCAUCGGACAGUAGUGAGGACAACACAGAUUUCGACAACAGUAUUACCAAAUUGCUUAGGAGAAACAGUGAGAUACUGAAAGCCCAUCUUGGAACUCAGAACAUAAAUUAUGAAUUGGCCAGGAACCAGCAGAAGCAGCAAACUGACAUCUUAGUUGCAGCCCUUGGCAAGCUCACCGAUGCUCUCACAAAGAUUGCUGACAAGCUGUAAAUGAAUUCAUAUCACAAAGGAUAUGCAUAUUACUGCUAAUUAUUGCACUAGAUUUAAUCAUCAUUAUUUUACCCUCUUUUAAUUAGCACUUCAUUUACCUUUACCGAUUUGCUUUUUGGGAGAAUUAUUCUUCAUAUUGUUUUCAUGAAGUUGAAAGUUUAUUCUUUCAACUCGAUCCAGAUUGCAAAUCCAUUUUUCUUAGGUCGGACAUAUACCAUCUAGCUGCUU